GCAUCUGACGCGCGGGAAACUGGAAUUGUUUUGUUUGGUGUCAGGUUAGAGGAUAACAAAAACAAACUUCUGUAUGUGGUCUUAUAUUUUUGCAGAUAAAAAAAAUAAAUAAAUGACAAAUAUGAACAAAAGAGGCGAGUUGCGUGUAGGAAGUUUAUGAGCUUUCGCGGAGACUUGAUUGUGCAGUUUGUGGGCUAGCUGUUAGCUUCGUCCGGGUUUGAACUUCCGGUUUAACGUUUAUCCAGUUUAAAAAACGGGGCGCAUUUAAAACACUCGGCCUGUAGAUGCGGAUGAGCUGAUACCGACACCAAGCCUAGCAACUGGAACAGAGUUCAGCGUAGAGGAAAAGUUACCUAACUUAAAUGUGCUUGGUCCUAAAAUAGGCAUGUUUAUUUUUUUUUUAACCAGCGCGUGAGUUUGUAAAUAAAAAAAUAAACAAACAAACACAUGCGUUUGGCUUUACUUUAUGGUCAAGGUGGCUAAGGAUAGCUCUUAGCAAAUUCCAAAACUGUAAUGAAACACCAGAGCUACCCCAGAUCUACAAAACCAACAUUUCAAGACCCAAAACUGGAUGACGGUGAACACAAAAAAGUUGCAUCUAUUAGAAAACAUCAUCCAGCGUGUGAGCCUGUUCAGAAGAAGCCCUUAGCUGGGCGAAUCUUUUACUUGGAUCUGCCAUGUAAUAAACGAAGCCAGGCUUUAGAAACUGAUAUCAAGAGCCUUGGAGGAACGGUGGAAAAGUUCUUCAGUAAAGAGAUUCGCUAUUUGGUGUCCAAUAAACCUGAAGCUCGACAUGUACGGCGACUCGUUCACGACUCCCCGGUGCCGAGUCCAGACUCGGGUCUCAGCUCCCCCCAUCCUGGCAGCAGGAGGGACAGUCAUGGCCCCCGGGGCAGCUCUCAGGGUCCCGCUGACACGGUGUUUGUAAGCCGAGGGAAAUCCUUAGUGGAGAAGGUCGUUAAGGAACAAGAGCGUUUUCAGAUGAACAGAAUCCUGGCUAAUGCACUUGAAUGGGGUGUAAAAAUCCUCCACAUUGAUGAUGUAAUUUCUUAUAUUGACAAGAAAAAAAGCACGAUCGCCAAAGUCAGAGCUGCGACUCACUCGGUGAAGAAAGCUGCCAAGCCUGAGCACACAGGUGGGACAGCUUCCCAGAAAAGCAAAGCUGGACGAAUGAGUCGCCCCUUCGUUAAAGUGGAGGACUCUAGCCGACACUACCGUCCCCUUUAUCUCCACAUGGCCAACAUGCCUGUGUGUAACCUCAGAUCUGCUGCCCCCUGCAGUCCGUUCUUGGAAGAAAAUGAUAAAGAUGAACCUGGGAAAAAGAGUAAAGUGCACGGGUCUGGAGGAGAUCGGCGGGAGAAGAGCAGAAAAGACAGACACAGAGGCCGUGAAGGAAAGGGUCGGAGGAAAGGGGGCUACUGUGAAUGCUGCAUUGUCAAGUAUGACAAUCUGAAGGCCCACCUGCAAAGUGAGCAGCAUCAGACUUUCUCUACAAGUGAGGAGUACCUGGUGGUGGACAGAGUAAUUUCAGGACUCACCUGUGAUUUUGUACACAUUAGCCCUCAAAUGAAAAGGGUGAAGUGCAGCGUCACCUCUCCGCUCAUCGUUCCCGGACCAGUCGUAAGAAAAGAAGGAGAAACGGGUGUUGAGGAGGAUGUGACUGACGAGAUGCCGUUCUGGAGCUCUCACAACACCGAGCGAUCAUCUCGCAAGCGCUCCAGAGAACUCUCCCACAGUCCUAAAGGGAACUUGGCAGGACAGUCCGAGGCGUUUCAAAAAUCCCAGUCAAAGCAAGGACCAUUUAAAUGCGAAUCCAGUUCUAACGCUGCUUUACAGAAGGAUUUGGGUACAUCGUUGUGUAACACCAUACAAGAGUGUCUUUCUGAGCGUCUGGAAAGGACCCCAACUUCAUCACACACACUAUCUGAACGAAGGACUUCACAAAGCAAACUUUCUGGUAGACUUUCAGAUCCUGCAGGUUUCAGUGUGACCCUCUGUUCACUUGGUGCAGGGACGUCUCACGUGGUGUCGGAGCCGUCUGCAGUGUCAGACAUUCAGAAUGUACCAAAGUUACUUUUAGACGUUAGAGAACAUACAACAGAGAGACCUGACUGUAAUACAAGCAAAACACCCGAUAUUACACAUCAUCGCCUGGGCACAGAGACAUUCUCCUUAUCGGACACAGACGUUCCAUCUGGAGUCUUGAAAAGAAAAGUUCGGGCAUGGAGGCGGAAACGAAACACACCAUCUGAGUCCAUGGGUUGGAUUUCUGUAGAUUUCCCUGUAGAAUACCAGACGCUUCAGGGUCUCGGAGAAGACUGCAAGUCUCAAAGACUCUCAGCAUCUGCUCUGGACAUAGGACAGCUCUUCCAGUCCAGUGAUGACAUGGAGGAGGAUUUUAAAGGUUUCUAGAAUUAGUAGAAAAAAAGAUGCUGACUAUGAAAUGAACGUUAGCAAAGCGUGUGUGUAUGUGUGUUCCAAAUUAUCCAAUAUUUCCUCUGUAUCUCUGAGAGAGAGAGAGAGAGAGCUUCUAUAUGAAUGAUCUGUUGAGAAAGGGUUAAUAUGGGACAGAGAUAUUAUUUUAUAUACAUAAGUUAAAUAUUAUAUAAAGGUACAAAAACAUAAUUUCAUGUAUAACUGUAUAUAUAGAGCAAUAUCUGUGUAAAAUUAAUUCUGCAUAGUAAAAAGAAAAUAAGCAAUAUGAAACCUGUCUUACAAAUUAGUUUAACUAGUCAUUUUGACAUUUUGGCUGUUAAACUACGUUCAGACUGCACUUGUACAAACUGAAUAAUUUUUGCACAUAUUUGUAGAAGGGAUUGCGCAGAAUAAAAUAUUACUUUCAAAGCAUUUCAAUAUAAGAGGGGGAUUUUGGCUAGCUAACAGUAUUCUAAUAGCUAUACUAUUAAAAAAAAAAAUCAUUCUUGUGCGGUUCAUGCAAAGGAUUGGCACCCUGCCCAGGGUGUAUCUUGCCUUGUGCCUCGAGUCCCUUGGGACAGGGGCCAGACCUCCCUCAACCCUGAACGGGAUAUGGGGUAUAGAGAAUGAGUAAGUAUUUUCUUGUACUUAACGAAUGAUUAAAAACUCUAUCUCUUACCUUGGACAUCUAUAGAUAAUUGCAUUAUCCUGUUGAGAGUUUUUUAUGCCACACUGCUGUUAAGUUCUGUGAUUUAGUAACAGCUCGUUCACCGAGACAUCUGGUAGAUGUGGGAAAUAAUCUUAGCCUAAUAAUGAACAGAAUUAUGGACUGCAAUUUGUAUUUAUUUAUUUUUUUAAUCAAAGAUGUGUAGUUGUUUAUCUUGUAUAAGGAGGUGAUUCUUAGAAGUUUUUGGAAGGAGUCUUUAGUGCCUGUACUUCUAACAGUUAUUUAUCAUGGGGAUGUCUUAAGGAUGGACAAGUUAUACACUUUCCAUUUUUUUCAGCAGCACAGCACGCUGUGUUUUGUACAGUUAAUCUUAUUUUGUUUAUUCAUGUUAACUUCAAGUGAAAUGAUGAGCGAGGCUGGUGAGAGAGAGGGUGUUCCCAUGACAUACAGUAUAAUAAGACUUAGCUUGCUUCUUGGGUAUUGACAAAUUGCUGUGGUUUAAGACAAUUAAACACUUUUUAAAUGCGGCACGGCAUCUUUGUGGUUAGCGUUGUCGUCACGUCCUGGUUUCAGUUCCCCCGUCAGAUGUAUGUGCAUGAAAUUUACAUGAUCUCCCCAUGCUAGGUGGUUUUCCAGGUUUUCUCCCACAGUCCAAAAACAUGCAGAUUAGGCUAAUUGGCAUUUCCAAAUUGCCUGUAAUGUCACCACAGUUGUACAAAUGUACAGUGGUCACUAUUGGCCUCCACAGUCCCUAGUUGGACUACAGAGGUUCCUGGAUGGAAGGAAAUCUUUUAAUGCAUUGUUAUAGGAAAAUAUUGAACAUCUGAGUGGUAAUUAGCUUUGUAUGAUUAUCUGUGAAUUUUCUAUAACUUUAUAUCCCAA